AUGAGAAGCUACAUAACCUAUACCGCUGAGAGAUCCAACAUCAAGAUCAAAGAUUUGACGCUUGAGACGAAAUUCUCUCCAUUUGUAGUUCCUAGCAUAAACAGACUGCUACAAGACUCACCUGAACUAAAGAAGCUAACAGUACACGUAAUGGAAUCUGGCACCUUACCGAUAAAGACGUCGAACAUUGUCUAUGGGAAGUUACAGCCAAAGAAUGUAAAUUGUUUCAUUUAA